UUUACAAGGCUAAAUUUCAAAGUAGAACAUAGCUAUACAGAUCUGACUUUCUAACAAGAUUAUUAGAUAUUAUCUAUAUACAUAUGGCUAUCGACCUAUCAAAAAUCACACUCCGCCCAUUCAAUCUAAGGGACGUGGAUGAUGUGAUGCUAUUUGCCGGUGACGAUCAAGUGACUCGAUAUCUUCGACGGAGAACUUUGACCUCCAAAGAUGAAGCGUUGACUUUCUUAAAAGAUGUUUGCAACCCUGAUCAUCACCAUUGGCACCGCUCUAUAUGUAUCGACGACCGUUCGAUCGGCUUCAUCUCAGUGUUCCCGGUAGGUAGCGGUGAUGAGAGCUUCUUUAGGGCCGAGAUGAGCGCUGGUCUGGCGGCUAAGUAUUGGGAGCAAGGAGUAGCGACACAGGCCAUGACAAUAGCAGUUGCUCAAGUUUUCAAGGACUUGCCCCACUUGGUAAGGCUUGAAGGUUUUGUUUAUGUAGAGAACAAGGCCUCCCAAAGGGUUGUAGAGAAAGUUGGGUUUCAAAAAGAGGGUUACCUUAGGAAAUAUAGGUUGAAGAGAGGAAGAUUCAGAGAUGGUUUUAUUUAUAGCUUUUUAUCCACUGAUUUUCUUCACUCAAAGUUGUAAUACAAUUGUUUUUGUUUUUAUUUGUUUUAUAGUCUCUAAAAUAAGAAUAAAUUUAUUUCUAGAUCUUUUUCUUGUUGGACUUGAACUUGAUUUUGGUUUGGAUCGUUCACUAAUGAUAGAUUUCUUUUACUACUAUUA